AUGCAGUUGCCAGCGAGGAUUCCAGACCUGAACCCGGUUGAACACCUCUGGGACCAUUUGCAACGCAAGGUUCGGUCUCGUGAUCCCGCUUCCACGACUCUCCAGGAGUUCGAAGAGGCCGUUAUUGAGGAAUGGGUCAGUAUCCCUCAAAAAGAGCUCCUAAAAUUGGUAAGAUCCAUGAGAGAGCAUAUGGGAGCCGUCAUCCGGGCAAGGGAGUUAACACUAGGUUUUAGUGGCGGCACAACCUGUCGCGUAGCUCCCGUCUGUGAUCAAUCCAGCGCCACUGAAUCAUACGUCUACCAGUUAAAAUGUACCGGUGAUUUGUCGAAUAACAAUAUGCCGUAUAUAAUGGUGAUGGGGAGCCUGAGCGCAGCGCAUCUUUCCAAGGACGAAGGUGCCACCGUGUAUGGACUCAAAAGCGAGGAACGUGCUUCUUUAGUGAGGGAAUUAAACUCCGCGUUUGGUAUGGCGGUAGCGACGUCUUCGGACAACGAGAGAACAGUGCGCGUGACUCAAAAAGGAUUGACCCUGAUGGUGGUAAACCGACUGCAUGGUCUGCUCGGAAGAGCAGCCCUCAUACCCACGCUCACAGCCACGGGCAUCCGCACAGUCAGUCGCACACUAGCUCCCACAAGACCCAUUCACACGGAGGCGUUGUUACACUUUGACCGAAUGCCGUACAUAAAAAGUAAAUGCUAG